AUGCUCAAAAUGAUAUUGUCAGCACUAUUUCUAAUCCCAGCAAGUCAGGGAUUCAUAGAUUUUAACCCAAUUUGUACAAAAUUGGUAGAAUAUAAAGACUCACAGAAUACUGUUCUGGAGGGAUAUUUGGCGUAUCCUGUAAUUACUGGGUUCUUCCGUAAGCGCCCUGCUGUCAUCAUCUUCCAUGCUUUCACUGGACGUACCGAAUUUGAUAAUCAGAAGGCUAGGGAUUUGGCUAAGCUCGGCUACGUAGCUUUUGCCGCAGAUACCUAUGGAAAAGGAAAAGCCGCUCCAGAUGUGAAUGGAAAUUUUGCCAUUAUGGGAGAACCACAACCCUCCGCAGCUGGAUUCUGAGUGCCUGGAACUAUGUAAGAGGUCUAAAAUAUGUCCAAACUAACAAUAUCGGGUCAAUUGGGUUCUGUUUUGGCGGGCUUUGUACUUUGGAUUUGGCCCGUUUCAAUGUUGGACUAAAAGCUGCUGUGUCAUUCCAUGGAACACUUACGGAUUACCCGGGAAAUGGAACCACAAUCGACGCUUCAAUCCAAGCUCAUCACGGAGAUGCAGACCCUCACACUACAAAUCAAAACGCCGAUGAUUUCAUUGAAGAAAUGAGGAGAAGAAACGGUGAUUGGAUGUUCAGUAGAUACGCCCACGCCGUCCACGCCUUCACUCUCCCCGGAGUUGAGAAUUGGGAAAUUCCAGGAGCCGCAUUUGAUCCUAUUGCUUCUAAUAGAUCUUGGAGUGCUAUGAAAUCAUUUUUGACGGAGAAGCUGAGCAAUUGACG